CAAUUUAGGAAAAUGGGUUGUGCUACAGUGACAAUAAAAUAUUCCGUAUUUUUAUUCAAUACCCUAUGUGCGCUUUUGGGCAUUGGUACAAUUGUUGUAAAUUGUUUGGCUUUAAACAAUUAUACCGAUGAAGGUCGCAUGCUAUGCAUCUUUUGGAUUGUAUUAGGUGCUAUCGUAUUCCUGGUUUCCUUCUUUGGUUGCUGUGGUGCAAUUCGUGAAAAUAUCUGUUUGACAUGGUCGUAUGCCUUCUUCUUGAUUUUGUUGAUAACCGGUAAUGCCAUUCUACAUUUCGGUUACAUUUCUCUCAUCGAUGGUGAGACGAAAGCUCGCAAGGAUAUUGAUAUGGCCUGGCAAUUGCAGAUGAAUGGCACCGAUGCCAUGUCUCAUAUUCAAAAUACUUUGGCCUGUUGUGGUAAAAUGAACUCGACUGAUUACACAACUGCCAAUGUAUCGAUACCCGAUAGUUGUUACUCGAAUGGAAAUGUUGGAAAUGCCACAGCUAUUUAUCCCGAUGGCUGUUUGUACAAAUUAAUUGCUGUCUAUGAAGCUGCCGAACACUGGAUAACCAUUUUCAGUUGGUCUACACUCAGUGUAGAGGCUGUUGCUUUUGUAUCGGCUUGUAUCUUGGCUAUUACAUUCCGUAAUCAAGAACGUAGAUCCAGAUAUUAAGUUGGAGG